AUAACUCACGAUGUGGCAAAGCACCUCAUGAAAGAAUAAUUGUCCUGCCGGAAAAAUGCACCUUGUGCAUCAAGGAAGGCAUAUGAGUGGUAACAAUAAGAGUUUUGUUGGGGGGGGGAGGGGGGUUUCCCUCGUUACCAGAACCUAGGAAGAAGGGAGAAAUUGUCUGCCAUUUGACAGGAGCGGAAGGGAUGAUAAGAUUCCAUGAUCCGGCAUUGGGAAGAAGCUUCCUUAUGGGAAACUGUUAUACCCUCCAGGCUCUCAAGUUGUUUAGCUACGCCCACCCGCCGGGCGACGGACUUUACGACUUCCUCCAGCUACCACUUACUACCACUCACUACCUGACGUUAACGCGCCAACAACGGCGCCUUCCUCGUUCAAACAUCCCGCAAUCUCUUUGUCUUCUCUUCCGUCACCCACUGCUGCACUGCCAUCCCUGCUUUCUCAUCUCCAUCUCCAUCUCCUUCUUCUUCUUCUUGUCCUCUUUCAUAUUCUUUCUUCCUUCUCAUUCUGCUGCCUCCUGGUUCAUCUUCCUGCGACGAAACCGUGUCUAUUUCUUUUGGUCUCCUUGAUAUUCACUUGCAUGGCGCUGAGGGGAGUUUUAGAAGGAGCAGUCUAGAAUCGCGUUCUGCAUACCAUCGUUACUAUCUACAAUGGAGAGCUAGCUACCUUUGCUAUU